GCAGCUCCUGGAGGAGGAGGAGGAGGAUGAGGCUGGAGCUGCUGCUCCUCGUGGCCGCGGGCUUUCCCUCGUGCUUGAGCCAGACAGGCCACGAUUCCCGCCAGGAUUCCCGCCAGGAUUCCCAGGGCUCCUCCACCCAGGAUUCCCGAGCUUCCCGCCGGGGUUCCGGCCAUUCCCGGCGUCACCCCACGGUCACUCCAAGGCUCCUCCCGCCGCCGUUGCUGCUCCAGCUCCCCCCGGAGCCGGGACCCCCCCGGAUUCGCUGCCUGGCCCCUCAACGUUUCUUGGGCAGCACCUUUGAUCUUUUCCAGGGAAUCCCGGGGGUCCCUGUGCGGAGCAUCCCGGCCGCUCCUGACCGGCACUGGGCCGAGUUCUCCCUGCCCGGAGACGCCCGGUGCUUCUGGUGCCGGUACCGGAGCCACAACGGCAGCGCCUGGCUGGAGUCUGAGCUGAGCUCUGGGAUCGGGAGCUCCGAUCUGGGCGAUGCUGAGUGCCAGCCCGGCGAUGCCAUCGCCACAGGACCCCCGCCCACCGCCGGGACCCUGCGGAACGAUCCUUCCUGGCUGCUCCCGGUCGCGGUCGGUGCCGCUGUCCUGGGGCUGCUGCUGCUGCUGGGGGCUGCGGCCGUGGCCUGGCGAGGCCUCCGGUGGCAGCGUGGACAGAGCCACAUGGUCCCAGCCCCGAGCCUCCCCAUGGCCCCCGCGCCGUCGCUGUCCCACUGAGGGGUCCUGGGGGGUCCCGGUUGUGCCCCCCCUCCCUCCCGGAGCGUGUCCC